AUGUGGCGGCUGGCGGGCCAGAGGAGGCUUGGGCUCGGACCCAUGGCAAGGACGCUGCCCGUCCUCGAUCGAGCCUGCGUUCCGGGUGGACCCUGCGCUAUGACCUUUGUUGCGAGCUUGCCCAGCCAAGCUCGAUUCGCGUCCGGGCAGAGAGAAAAAUCUUUACCAUCGCGGCUGCCUUGCAUACCCAGCGAGGGGCAAGAUCAAGGCAAGCGCCAAAUUCCGGAAAGGGAGGAUUGGGAGAUGGAGCCCCUGAUGGCGGACGCCAGGGUGUUCUUGGUGGCCGGGGCUCUCCUGUGCUUUGGGGGAAGUCUCGUCUCCGUUUAUGUGGCUGUGACACAUGAUCCGAACCGGAAAGAGGAUCGGACGGUGCUGAAGCGAGGGGAAUACAUCGCUGGUGGUAGUGUUGUCGGCGCCCUGGUCAUGAUGGUCCUCAUCUUGCGCCGAGGCUACAGUGGGUACGGUGCGGGCGGGAGUGCAUCCAGUGGAUAUGCCAGCAGCAGCGGGUACCAUGGCGGAUAUGGCGGGGGUGGAAGCGGGUAUGGUGGGGGUGGACAGGGAGGCGGGUAUGGCGGGGGUGGCUAUGGAAGCGGGUAUGGCGGGGGUGGACAGGGAGGCGGAUAUGGCGGUGGCGGCUAUGGAGGUGGAGGAUAUGCGGGCGGACAUGGCGCCGGCGGGUAUGGGGGAGCUGGUGGCUAUGGCUAUGGUGGCGGCUCGCCAAGUGGAGGUCCUCCCGGCCCGGAUCCCUAUGCCGAGUCCUACCGGGAUCCUUAUAGGGAUCCGUAUGGAGAUCCCUAUGGUGGUCCCAAUGGCAUGCCUCCACCGAAGGGCCAACCUAUGCCGGACGAUUUCGACGAAGGUGCAGGGGAAGGGCUGAAUAUGGUGGAGGCAGGGGCUGGCUUACCUCCGCCGGAGGAGCCCGUUGACGAGGUGGACAUAGAUCCGGAGGCUAUGUACGAAGAAGAGGGUGCCCCGGAAGAGCCGAUCUCCGAAGAACCGGAGGCCGGCUAUGGAGAAGGCCCACCUCUGCUGCUAGUCAACAACGAAGGACAAAACAUUUUGGCGAAGGAAAAGACCAGGCAGCUGAUCAACAAAGUCAACAUCCUGUCAAAGACCCUUCAGGCCAAGCUGCCACUUUACGAUGAGGGAACGGACCUCCCGGAGCCCGAGGAUGAGAUGAGGGAGAUUUGCAGGGCCAGGGAGGUGGAGAUCAACAAGCUGGAGCAGGCGAAGACGGCUGCCGAGAUAGCCCGCCUGGAGAACGAGGAUGCAGAAGGUGGUGCUGACAUUAACGUCGAGGAGGAGGCGAAGAAGAUAAGAUCAGAGUGGCCGGGUGACGAGUACGACGACCACGGAGGAUAUCCCGCCCCUGAUGCUCACUACUACCAGGGUUAUGACUACGGUGGUUACGAUUACGGUCACGGUCACGGCCACGCUGCGGCACCUGCUGCUCCCGGGCCACCGGCGGCUGCCGUUUGCCCUCCUUCCCUGGUGGCGAUUGCAAUGCUGCUGCCGCACCUGAGGGAGCGGCGAAAGCUUCAGCGUGAAGCAGGCUUCCUUAGCCAGGCCGUCUUCUAG